AUGAGUAAUACAAAAGAACGUCUUAAUAACCCUAAAAUGACUAACCUGUUGGCACCACUAUCCGCCGAGGGCGCUGAACAACAGCUCCUCGGCCAUAUCUCCUUCAGAUCCUUUUCCUCACACGAUAACACAUCGGGCGGCCUUUCUACCGCGGCAGAUAACGGCGAAACAUUUCAAGUUAAUUUCCCCAAGAAGGCAGGCUUGAAACCUUACUUUAUACGGGCUACUAGCAGCCCGAAACCAGUCAUCAAGCCAUUACGCAGGCCAAUAUAG